AUGGGUGGUCCGAGGCACCAAGACAAAACAAUUUUAAUAGCUCUCAUUUUUACAUUGCUCGUUAUCUAUUGCUUCUAUAUUAAUCAAUUUUACGAUUUUUUCAUUAAACUCAAAAUACCUGGUCCUGAACCUCAAUUUUUUAUGGGUAAUUUUUGGGAAAUAAUUAAAGCGCGUAGUACCUCAUUUCCAUUAAAGGCGUGGACAGAAAAAUAUGGUAGUUUAUAUGGCUAUUUCGAAGGGCAUACACCAAUGUUAGUGUGUUCUGAUCCUGAUAUACUACAAGAUGUAUUUAUUAAGCAGUUCUCAAAUUUUCAUUCACGUCGACUUUUUCCAACGGAAGAACUCGGCUCAAGAAGUAUUAAUUUAUCUAACGCUAUUGGUCUUCGUUGGAAACGGCAGCGAUUAGUCAUUAAUCCAACAUUUUCAUCAAUAAAAUUGAAACAAAUGUCACCACUGAUGAAUUCCUGCAUUGAUCAACUAAUGCAUAACUUAGAAGUAGAAUAUCAAAAGAAAACAGCAUUUGAUAUCUAUACAUUGUACAAGAGACUAACAAUGGAUGUGAUAUGGACGUGUGGAUUUGGUGUUGACACCGAUAUGCAAAAUAAUCCGGACAAUCCAUAUCUCACUCAUUCUCUACGUGUAUUUUCAGAUGAUCAGAACAAUCAAUUGCUUAUUUUACUCGCAUUACUCAUUAAAGAAUUAGACUUUAUAUGGAUAGGCCUCCUUGCCAUCGAAAAUAAUAUGCGAUAUUGGAUACAGAAAUAUUUGCCAUUUAUGGGAGCAUACUUCGAUGAAGAGCCAUCGGCAUGGAUUCUAAAACGUGUGGAACAAAUUAUAAAACAGCGAAAAGAAUCUGAUGUCCAACGAAAUGAUCUAAUGCAGUUGAUGCUGGAAUCGGCCACAGACAAAGAAAUCAAGGACUCGGGGAGUUCGCUUACUCACAUCGGCGCUGAAGGUGUGGCUAUGGUUAAAAAGAUUACAUUAAAAGAAAUAUCGGCUAACAUUUACUUAUUCAUGAUUGCCGGCUAUGAGACAACAGCAACAGCUUUAGCUUACUGUACAUAUGCGUUGGUCACACAUCCACAUGAACAGUACAAAUUACAAGAGAGCAUUGAUCAACAUUUUGACCCAGAAAAUGAUUGUGUCUUACCUGAUUAUGAUACUGUUGCUAAUAUGGAAUAUCUUGAUUGGUUCAUCAGAGAAACGUUAAGAUUCUAUCCGAUCGCACCUGUUGCUGUUAAUCGUGUAAGUUCUGAACCAUUUGAAAUUAAAGAUGUUGGCACUAUACCAGCUGGUACAAACAUCUGCAUAGAUAUGUACAGUUUGCAUUUUAAUCAAAAGUUGUGGGGACCUGUCAACGUUAAUACAUUUUAUCCUGAACGUUUUAGAACAAAACGACAUCCUAUGGCAUGGAUGCCAUUCGGAGCUGGACCAAGAAAUUGUGUAGGAAUGAAAUUUGCUUUGACCGAAAUGAAAAUAGCGUUAGCUCGUCUAUUAAAAACAUAUUCAGUAGUUAAAUGUGAUACGACAGAGAAAUAUUUUGAACUAAAAGAAUAUAUUUGUAUUCAUCCGCAGAAAAUGAUGAUUAAUUUGCAACGGCGCGAUGGACCACAACAUGCUGAAUAG